UUCAUUGAGAAAAGGUUUUUCAUGCAAUUUUCUAGCAUUUACCAGAUAACUUUGUCUUUAAUAUUUGCUCAAAUAAAACAAUUACUGUCAAAAUUUUGUUGAUUUCUAUAAUGUAUGUUUUUCUUAUUUGAAAUUUAUUGCUUUUUUAAAGUAACAAAGUUGUCACCAGUUCUUAAAACAACAUUUUCUGUGAUUUUUUAUACACAUAUUUGAUUUGUUCCCUAAUAACAGUGUUACAUUUCCGAAUCAAUAAAAAAAAACGUUUUUUGAUCUUCUCUUUAGAGCUUUAGUAGCUUUGAGCAUAUCGAUAGUUUGUUUGUGCCUGUGUUGUGCAAACCUGUGAGGAAUGAUUUGAUGUUGUGGUUCUUUUGAAACGUCACUUUGAAGUUCUACCUGCCAUCAUGUAUCAGUUUGACUCCUGGCUCUCAGCCUGCUUUCAGACAUCGCUUUGCCACUUACAGAAAUCCACACUCGCCCACGGGGAGACUCCAGCAAUUAGCAAUAAUCACAGACAAAAUGGCAUUUACGUGUAACACUGACAUCCUAUGAGGCAUGAAAUAUGAAUAAUACUUACUCCGUGCAUCGGUAUUAAUUCUAUUAAUAAUGUUUCUGAGUGAAGAUGCGACUGACCAACCACUCUCUAGGCCUCGAGGGUAGUCAUCUUGUGUUUUUUUCAGCUCUACCUGUUGCUGAUUACCUGGAACAGGUGUGCUUUUCUAAUAAGAAGCUACAAUGGCAGGGCAGUUUCUGUGCAGGAUUAUUAGAAUCAGUUUGCUGAGGACAGUGAAUGAUCAUGGAGGGAGGUCCUGUCAUGGUGCUGAUGCUCCUGCUCAGCUUCUCUCUUGUUCAGGCUUCAGCUCUCAUCCUUCCUGCGUCCAAGACCUCACCCCCCCAACCCCCACGCCUGAUCCGCUGUGUUUUCCUGCAGCGAAGCAACGUCACUUGCUUCUGGGACCCCGGAGACGUGCCUGCAAAGACCUACACUCUAAAAGUCCAGAGGACAAGCAGUGGAUCCCUGCCGGCUACAGACAACCCUCUCACCACCUUCACCUGCACCACCUCCAACACCAGCUGCACCAUCAGAAUUGCCUACUUAUUUGUGAGAAUCCACUACUGCAUCCGUGUCAUAGCCCACAUCGAAGGCCAAAACAUUUCAUCAGAACCUCGGUGCCAGCCCGGUAGAAAAGAAGUACGUUUGCCUGCGGUAUUGUUAACAAGUAUACAACCAAUCCUGGAAUCACCGGAAUGCCUGACAAUAGGCUGGGAAUACAGCUUGAGUCAAUUUCCUUUGUCCAAGAGUGAAAUUGAAAGAGGGCAUCUGAAUUCCCAAUUAGAACUCAGCACACAGGAAGAGCAGACCGUUCAGGUCAGAGAUGUGAAUAUAACAGGAUUGCAGAGCCAAGUUUGCCUCUUUAGACCUGACACCUCAUACAUCAUCAGGCUCCGACACAGAUAUUUGGGCCCGGAAAGUCCGUGGAGCUCCUGGAGCAAUCCACUUCAGGGGAGGACAGCACAUGAUGCUCCUUCCACAGAACCAGUUUUCUGGAGGCAAGUAAAGGACACUGAUGGGAAUGGACUGAGACUGGUUGAUCUACUCUGGGAGCCCCUGCCUACCUUUGUUCUUUUCUACAAUGUGACUUGUCAGACAGAGAGUGUGCAGGAUUUGAGUGAUUAUGGGAGCUGCGUAGACCUAAAACCUCCCAAUACGUCCUGCAGCUUGUAUCUUCCUGUUGGACGUUGCUCCUGCUCUCUGACAGCCACCAACUCUGCAGGGACGUCACCAGAAGCCCGAAUCUGGCUCUUCAACUCCUCCGAAACAAAACUUCCACCCCCAAACCAGAUCUCUGUAAAGUCCCUGACUAAAAACAGCUUAGAAGUUCACUGGGUGCCUCCUCUUAAGCAAAGAGUGAGCGGUUUUGUCGUGGAGUGGUUUGCUGUCAGAGAGGAAACAGGGAGCAUCUUCUGGAAGAAGCUGAAUAGUUCUGUUACAAAGCAGGUCAUCACAGGGUUGAAACCAAUGGAGCGUUACGCUGUUUCUGUCAAAAUUCUUUAUGAAGAGCAAGUCGGGAAAAACAGAAUGCAGUACGUUUACACAAGAGAAGGAACGCCCUCAGCUGGUCCCAGUGUGAAAGUGCAGCACAUUUCUGGCAGCUCGGUAGAACUCAGUUGGACUCCGGUUCCUGUGGAGGAGCUUCAUGGUUUCCUCACAAACUACAUAAUUCUCUACUCAACCAAAAAAGAACCAGCAAAGAGUGUUGUGAUUCCUCACCACGUUCAACACUAUCGUUUGGAGAAUUUGCUGCCUGGUAAUUACAUCAUCUUUAUGCAGGCGAACACUGCAGCCGGUCUCGGACCAGCUGGGAACAAAGUGAAUGUUUACAUCGACUCUAGAGAGUUCAGAAUUGUGAUGAAGAUGCUUAUUCCACUGCUGUUGAUUUCACUGGGGCUGAUUCUGAUAGCAGGCUUGGUACCAAAAUACAUAAUAAAACAGAAGCUGCUCAAACACAUCCCUGAUCCAUCUAAAAGCAGCCUCUCCAGCUACGCUCCUAAAACGAAUCUAGAGGAUACGAAGCCUCUCAUGGUGCAAGAGAAGCCCGAAAACCUCAUAAUAUCUGAUGUGAUUUUGCUUGACAUACAGGAGAAUGUUGAGAAGAAUCCCGACUAUCAAAACAUUUGUAAUCUCCAGACUUACCUUUACAACCAAAACUCCUCAUUCUCUCUUUUAAGAAAUUCUGAGGAGUUUUCCAGGAAGUCAACCGCGUCUCAGACUGGUUCUGACCCGGUCCCCUCCUUCUUCCCCUGCAUUUAUUCCAGCAUCAACAUCUCUCAACCCAGCCAUCCGUUCUCCACAUCCAUUUGGCAUUCUAGCUUCUCUCCCUACAAACCUCUCACAGUUUCUGUUGAUUACUUCAAACUACCAUCAGAUGGCGCCAAUGAAGCAUCCAACUUCAAUUCUUCUCUGUCAAACCAAGACAAAAACUUUAGACUUUUUGUGGAACAGCGCCAACCCUCAAUGUCUUUUUCGGACUUCUGCAAGAAGUACAGCCUGUCUGUCCUUCCGUAUUCCUCCACAGAAGUCAGUGGAUACAAUCUGAUGAUUCCUCCCCUCCAGGCCAACAUGAGCCUCUCAUCCACCCCUGACGGUUUAAUGCCUCUAUCUACACCUCAUCUCCCCCUUGUUUUUGAGGAUUUAACUUUCUGUCCUGUGCAGUGUGAUCCUUACAUCCCCUUUGAGGCUUAAAAUCACCAUCUGAUCUCCACAUUGUCAAAGAUUUAAGGUCCUUUUUGGGAACUAGUACUUUAAAGUAAAUGUUCAGCUGCAUUUAAAGCUUCAAAUUUGAAGUAGUUCUUCAUAAAAAGCUAAAUAAGCAGGAUGAUUCGCUGUAAUGACUUCUAAAGGGAACAGCCAAAAGACAUAAGAAUUAAACGACAACUUAUGAGAAAAGGAAAUGGUUUUAUAUCCUAUUAAAAAAUGGGUUCACACUAUAAAGACUUGUUAACAAUUUUAAAGUCAAUGAAAACUUUAAAGAAUCAAAAGUGCUUAUUACUAAGUUCAAAUAUGAUAGAAAAAAUUUUGCUUUUUGUACGUUUCAGUGGCAGAAUUAUGGUUUAGAUGGCUAAAGUGACCCAUGAACAGCUUCCAAAAUUGAUCCAUGAACCUAAGAGAUAUUUUUGAGAUGUAUGUACAACAAAAAUCACAUUUGAGCUUUCGAUUAGGAGAACUUUAUCUUUUAAAGACCUGCAAUUUUUCCACAAAUUGUCCUGGUUGGACAUAAAUAACCUCAAAACUUAACCUGUGAAACUAAAACGUAUUCCUUACAUAUCAGUCACUUGAAUGUGAUAUUUUUAAAGAAACCUCAGGAAAUAUCCAAACAGUCUGUUUGUUUGAUAAGAUCCAGUCCAGUUAUGCUAUAAACUGUUUCAAUAAUGUAUUUUUUUAUGGGGAAGGUGUGACUUUUGCUGUUGGUUAAAUCAUGUGGUAAAUGUGGAUGGUACAGUUAUUUUUUCCAAAUCAAGAGUUGGUUCAUCCGUAAUGUUUUUCCUCUUUGUGUGAGCAAUCUGCCAUAUAAAAA